AUGGGUCGCCUUAGAGAAUACCAGGUCAUUGGCCGCCAUUUGCCAUCCGAGGCAAACCCAGCCCCAAAGUUGUACCGCAUGAGAAUUUUUGCACCAAACACCGUUGUUGCAAAGUCUCGUUUCUGGUACUUCUUGAUGAAGUUGAGAAAGGUCAAGAAGGCAAACGGAGAGAUCGUCAGCUUGAACGAGAUCUCUGAGAAGCGCCCAAUGAAGGUCAAGAACUUCGGUAUCUGGAUCAGAUAUGAUUCUCGUUCCGGAACUCACAACAUGUACAAGGAGUACCGUGAGAUGUCAAGAACCGAUGCUGUUGAGGCUUUGUACCAAGAUAUGGCUGCUAGACAUCGUUCCCGUUUCAGGUCGAUCCAUAUCCUCAAGGUUGUUGAGAUCGAGAAAACCGAAGACGUCAAGCGCCCAUACAUCAAGCAACUCCUCGAAAAGGACCUCAAAUUCCCACUUCCUCAUCGUGUUUCCAAAUCUAUGACCGCCAACCUCUUCGCCUCAAAGAGACCAUCAACUUUCUACUAA